UUUUCGAUUUAUGAAAGACAUGGGGAAUUUUUAAAAUAUUAUUUUCCUUCACAGAGUAAAUUGUGAAGGAAGUAGUAUUUGAUAAAAAUGACUCGUCUGUGGAGUUCGGUAAUUGUCAUCUUCUUUUUAAUUGAAGGUUCUCUAUGUCGCCUUUUUAAGCCGGAACUGACAAAAGCGUGCGGUGAUACUGACGUAUGCGCAGAUAAGGAAUUAAAUUCUAAUUUAGCUAAGGUCGCCUUUAUGCCAACAACUGAAUUGGAACUGAACACAUAUUGCCCAGAUGCCAGUAAAGUCAUUUGGUGCAUUAUAGAUCAGUGCAGUAGAAAAAACAUUUAUGGAUUAUCUGUGAUAAGCAACCACACAGCUGAUGUCAUGCACGUUGUGCUCAAUGCAGGACAUAUUGUUUCGGAAAUUUGCACUCCAGGCACUAAACUACGUCAAGAUUAUUUGUCCGGAAUGUCUUGCUUUAAAGACGUGCUAAAUGAUGGACAGACCAACGUUGGAUGUCAACGUGAGGGUAGUCGCGAAUAUGAAAAUUACAUGCAAUCGUUCGAUCACUUGAUAAAGAAAUCUCCUACGGAAAUCGAAAAGGAAAAGCGUUGCGCGUCAGUAGCGUACUCAUUACCCUGUAUAGCCGAUGAAACACGAGAACGAUGUGGGGAAGAUGCAAGCAAUAUGAUCAUGGAUAUUCUUAAGAGAGUUGAUGUCUUGAAAUGGUUAUGCUCUGACAACAAUAUCCGCUUUUUGCAGACCAAAUUCUUGGAUUUUCUCACAAUGGAAAGGGACAGCAAAGAUACUUAUGCCGCAUUCUUCCACUCACGAAGAAUACAGGCUUAAAUCGUAAAAUGAAAGGAAAAGCAUGGAUAGAGGAAAUGUUGAUUACUUUCCACUCGAUGUCUAAAUUAUUUGAUUCCAUUUUGAUUUUGUGUUAUUUUACUGCAGUUUGUAAAAAAUAAAAUUUUUGUAAUGCAUGA